AUGUCACCAUCUGGAGCUCCCAGUAGCUCCCGCCGCUUCUUGCGGCCCAAGCUGCGCCAGGCAACCUUUGUCCUCCCGAGAACCGGCCAGCGCCUCAAAGGCCUCGUAAAUCUGCGAAAUCCCACCGAGAGACCCACACUAUCCCACGGCGAUAAUCACGAGGAGCUGCGCGGCUUACUCUCCGGCGAAAUAGAGGCACCCCAUGAUGGAUUCGCUACCAAGAUAUCCGCGCGGGCGCGAAAAUCAUGGGUGGAACUUGAUGAGUUCGUUCGUUCCGAGCAAGGCAUUGGAAUCUUGAAGUGCAGUUUGGCAUAUUUACUCGGCUCCAUGGCGACAUUUAUUCCGAUCAUUUCCACCUUCCUCGGUCAUCAGGAUGGGAAACACAUGGUGGCUACCGUGACGGUGUAUUUCCAUCCGGCAAGAACCAUAGGGAGCAUGUACCGAGCUUCAAUUUGCGCGUUGCUCGCGUUUUGUUAUUCGGCUUUCAUCUCGAUCACGAGCAUGUUGCUCGAAAAUCUCUUUCAGGAUACAUUGGACCUACCGGUACUUGGCCAUGCGUUGGUCUUGAUCGUGUUCUGUGGCGGUGGACUCGGGUUUGUCGGAUGGACCAAACAACGACUCGGGGAUCCGCUAGUGAACGUUGCCUGCUCACUUACAGCACUGUCCACAAUAACCGUGUUGACAAAAGAAGGCGCCGUGCAAAGUGGGGAUCUCUCCCUGGAGAAGAUCUCUCAGGUUUUGAAGAUGGUCAUCAUGGGUGUCAUUCUGGCUAUGGCAGUAUCAUUUUUGAUAGUCCCCAUCUCAGCACGAAAAAAGCUGCGCUCCAACCUGGUUACUACCACGGAGACGUUAGCAACAAUGCUAGCUAUCAUGACGGAUGCUUUCUUAAGUGGAUCCGAAGAAGAAUUGACCAUUGCUGAAUUCGUCGAUGCCGAAACAAGGCAUCGUAAGGCCUACUCCCAGCUGGACAAAUUGGUCCGAGAGGCCAAACUGGAGCAUUUUGCGGUAGGAACCGAGAAGGAAUAUCGAUUAGAAAAGAAGCUUGUUCGUUGGUUGCAAGACAUCACGCAUAACUUGGGAGGAUUGCGCAGUGCCGCAGAUCUCCAAUUUAGUUUGAUUCGAGAAACAAUUGCUCGAGAAUCUGGCUCUGGUGGACUCCCUACUCCAUACGCCGACUACGUUGCAUCCCUUGAGCGUUCGUGGUCCUUCCCAGACGGUUCUUUUCUGGAGCCUAUCGAUGAACGUCCCGAGGCAGAAUUGUCGCCAGGUGGAAGCUACAACGCUGCAGCAGGCCUGGAGAAUGCGAACUCUUCUCUUCUUCCUGCGGACGUGUUUACCAUUUUUAUUUCUCAUCUUGGCCCCUCUAUGAGGUCAUUGACGUUUACUAUGAAAGAAAUCUUCAACGAGAUUCCAUUUGGCCCAGCUCCAACCUAUAAAGUAUCGGUGAACAACCGACUGCAUACGAGUCUGGAUCGUGCUCUUAGUCUCUAUCGGGAGUCACGACAAAAGACACUCAAGGCGCUCUACGAACAGACGGAAGCCAUGAAGAUGAAAAGUCCCGAUGCGGAAGCAGACUUGGAAGAAGUAUCAGCUAGCUGUGGUCAUUUCAGUUUCUCACUUCUGGAGUUUGGAGAGCAGCUCCAUGACCUACUAGCGAUUCUUGACGAGCUGCAGCUUGAGACCGAAGAAAGACCUGGUGGGCGAUCUUGGUCUUGGAUGAAGUUCUGGCACGUUGACGACAAAGCUGUUGAUGCAGAAAGAUACAGUGGUGCAGAGAGCAAUCGCCACCUGCAACUCUCACGUAAUAUCGGAUCGCAGGACAGGAUAACGGCCGCAGUGAGAGCUCGUCUACGCCCAAACAGCGAAACAAGUGUCAGGGAGAGAUUGGGUUAUCGACUCUGGAAAUCACUUGAAUUCUUCCGACGGGACGACACCAAAUAUGCGAUCAAAGUUGGGGCCGGUGCAGCUCUUUACGCUUUGCCUGCUUUUCUUCCUUCCACUAGACCGUUCUACCAGCACUGGAGAGGCGAAUGGGGCUUACUGUCAUACAUGUUGGUCUGUUCCAUGACAAUCGGUGCUUCUAACACGACAGGGUACGCUCGAUUCCUUGGUACUUGUCUCGGGGCCGCAUGUGCGAUCUCAGCCUGGUAUAUGACCAGAGGCAAUGUUUUCGGCCUUGCAUUCUUUGGAUGGCUAAUGGCUAUCUGGACAGCGUGGAUCACCAUCGUUCGUAACAACGGGCCCAUGGGACGAUUCAUAAUGCUCACCUACAAUCUCUCUGUGCUCUAUGCAUACUCGCUCUCGCAGAAAGAUGCUGAUGGCCGCAACGAUGAAGGAGGCCAGAACCCAAUCAUCACUGAAAUCGCCCUUCACCGCGUUGUUGCGGUGUUAUCCGGCUGCAUUUGGGGCAUCUUCAUCACCCGUUUCAUUUGGCCCAUCAGCGCGAGAAAGCGAUUGAAGGACGGUCUUAGUAUUCUCUGGCUACGGCUGGGUCUUGUCUGGAAGCGUGACCCGCUAUCAACUAUGGCGAAAAAUGGCAGAUCCAUUGUGUAUAUGACUGCGCGGGAGAGACUCGAACUUGAACGAUAUCUCACCCGGCUUGAAUCCCUACUUGCUUCUGCACGCUCUGAAUUUGAACUGAGGUCCGCAUUUGAUGAUGCCCCGUACGCCAAUAUCAUUCGGCGUACUCGGAGUAUGGUGAAUGCAUUCCAUGCUAUGAAUCUGGAACUGAUGAAAAGCGAUACCGCCACGGCCGGAGAAAUCUGCCUUCUUCAAUACACAGCCGUUGAGCGGCAGCAGCUCUCUGCUCGCAUCAGUCACCUCCUGACAGUCAUGGCAUCUUCUAUGAAGCUUGAAUACCCGUUGAGCGACGUCUUACCCAGCAUUGAUCAUGCACGCGACAGGCUACUGGCUCGUAUUUAUCGCUAUCGCCAAGAUCAUGAGGCUUCUCAACUCACCACGGAUGAAGACUGUGCGUUGCUAUAUGCUUACAUCUUGGUAACUGGCCAGUUGUCGAGGGAGAUCAUGGAGAUCAUCGCCGACAUUGGGCAAUUAUUUGGAGUUCUGAACCCUCUCCCUACCUGCCGCCCUUCGGCCUCGCCUCGUCGCACUCCUGCGAGUCCUCCAGCCAUGCAGAUUGACCCAGCCGCCCUGAGUCGGUCUGACUCGGCGUCAAAUCCGGCAAAGAGUGCGACACCGAACACUUCAGCAACAGUGAAAUCAUCCAGGGCACUCAACUCCGUGCCGCGCCUCGACUUAGAGCAUGCCUACACGGAUCUGAAGGCCGCUAUCGGGGACCAGUGGGCCGAGUAUAAGGAAUCGACGGCCCUCUUCUUACUAGGUCACUACAACCAAAAUGAAUACGCGUCGCGAGUCGAUUAUAUCAUAUGCGCCGAUCUCAAAAUCGAACAUCUACAUAACAAUUUCGUCUGCGCGAUUCUCGGAAACCUCACACGAGACCUCCCCGAUCAUGGCGUCGCGAACUGGGUUUCGGCCAAUGAUAAGCCUUCGAUGGUGUCGAAGCCGAUCUCGGGCGAUGCUGCGGAACAGAGAUUAAAGACGGAGGUGAUGCAACUGCCCCCGCGAGAUCGACGGCGGAUUAAAGGAAUUCCAGAGCGCGACCCCAACGAAGUGACACCCAAUGAACUGGAGGAAUACCAACUGGCCAAGCAAAUCAAGCUCCCAAGCCAGGUACCAGCAAGCGCUGGUGGAUUGAACAAGACCAACUGGGAACUAGAGAUUCGGAAACGAUAUGCGCAACCACUUGCCGCUGAGACUGGCGAGUUCCCCGAUGCGGAAUCCAUCUAUGCCCGCAUGGUCCCCAUUUGCUACGAAGAGUCCCUCCCCGGUGGCGCCGGCCUUCCUUGUGCCGAGUUCGUGGCAAUUGCAACAGAUACAUUCGUGAAGGAAGUCCUUUCUUCAGUCUUCUCACGCACCCGAUCAAACGGUCCGUCUGGUACAAGCAACGGCAUGAUGAAGCGCAAAUACCGACAACAACUGGAACGGGAAGAGCUGAUGUUCACUCGAGGUGAAAUCGCUAAAGAUGCUGCUACCGGCUUGCUUCCAGUUGAGGCUAAAGAAGCCGCACUUCGCAGACCCCUCGGAGUCAGAGAUCUACGUCUCACCCUUGAGCUCAGCAGUGGAGUUCUUGGUCAUAUGCCGCUGAUCAUUGACAAAAUCAAGAGUGGGUACUUCGAAGACGAGCUUGAGACCAAUAAGCAGGAUCGACUGGAGAACGGCGUGGACGAAAUACUCGAGGUUAAGACCGCUGACGAGGACGAAAUGGACAUUGAUGAUGUCGACGAUGCGCUAUCGGACUGGGAAGGAGGCACUGCGGCAGAUCGAAACCACUUAAAUUCUCUGCUGGACGAGUGCUUGUCUAUGGCUGCAUGA